AUGAUUCUGCAUAACAAAAGGCAUUCCCGCCAUCUUAGGGAGUACAGUAAGCAAUUGCCUAUAACUCAGGGUGAUGGUAAUCAGUCGUCCAAUUCUCACGAUGACGGAAAGCGGUUGUCUAAAACUCAGAAUGAUGGUAAUCAGUCGCCCAAUUCUCAGGACGGCAAAAUGGUAUACAAAUCCUUGACCGACGCUCCCCGCAAUAUCAAGGAGUGCAUGGACUGGUUGAUAGCUCUGAGGGGGAAGGAUGGUGAAAAGAACCUGAAGGCUUUCGGUGAAGCAAUUUACAAAUUUCUCGCAUACAAGCCUGUUGGCAAGAUGGAAGUGCCAGCUCUCGAAGAUGUUAAACGUAUUUCUAAGCAAUUCAUGGAGCAAAAGGAGCUUAAGGACCUGUUGCCCAUAGACUGGGUUCUGCGUAAAUUCAGUGACCGCAUAGACAAAACUAGCAUAUUCUAUAGGUACUUUGGGGCUGUAACCAAAAGCGAAUGUGAUAACGUCAUACAGACCAAGGGUAUCACCGCUGACGACAUUGCAAAGGACCUAGUUAAAGUUGUGGAUAGUUGUGACAAGUUCCUGAAGCAUAUGAAGAUUCCUGACCAGUACAAGUCUGCUUACAGUUCGAAAGCGACGUGGGCUAAAUCAUGCGCGUUGGACCCGGAAUCUUGCGCGGUGGUCCUCGUGGGUAUUGCGCCAAUGUUGUACGCGGGGCUAAGUGCUUUCUUUUCAGCAUGGAGGUACGCAUUCUUCAGAUGUCCACCGUUCAUUGCGUAUAAUCGUAUGCGAGAGAUGCUGAAGGCUUUGGGUUUCGUAGAGCCGGAAUGUCGCGCUAGCCCAAGAACUUCAGAUGUCUACAGUGCGUUGAGCCGUUUGAAGGACCAUGAAUUGUACACAGUAUACGACCUCUCUGGCUUUUGGGCCUUCUACUGA